GACUGGAUCAAUGUUAACUGUCUACACUCCUCUCUGAAAGGGACAAAGGAGUGUGGGAGAGAGUGAGAGCGAGAAAAAGAUAGAGAAAUACGGAUCUUUACUCCUGUCUUAAAGGGACAGGAUCCACCAGGUUUCCAGGAUGCUGUGACCCUGGUCAGGGGUUUAGGUCAUCGGUCAGAGUUUAAGGGAUCAGGUUAUGUUUGGGGACAUGAUGUGUUCUCCGGUGGGGUCUCGGUCUCCGGUCGACAGCGCUGGGAACAGUGAGGAAGAGAUUGACCAACACCGGAGGCCACGUAGAGGCACCAGAAAACAGUGGGCAAGCCGAAGGAGACCGAGGGAGCAGGAUGAAGAUGAAGAAGAUGAAGGGAACCAGAAUAUCCAAAGCCCGGGGAAGAAGAGGGGAAAGAGGAGAGGAUGUGACAGAAGUGACUGGAGUGACGUCAGCAGUGUGAGCGGCCUCCCCAGGUCUCUGGAGGACACGCACAAUCAGCGUGUCAUGGCUAACGUACGGGAGCGACAGAGGACCCAGUCACUCAACCAGGCCUUCGCCUCGCUACGACAGAUCAUCCCCACGCUGCCCUCAGACAAACUCAGCAAGAUCCAGACGCUCAAACUGGCCACGCGAUACAUAGACUUCCUCCAUCACGUGCUGCAGGGCGAGGCGAUGGGCCUGGAUUUGGACGAGGAACAUGUGUCAGGAGCAGCCAGCUGUGGUUACGUGGCCCAUGAGCGUCUGAGCCAUGUCUUCUCAGUGUGGAGGAUGGAGGAGGAAGCAUGCUCGGGGUCUGCCACAUCGUACUAGUGCCCCCUCCACUGCAGGGGCACAACCAAACAGGAUUAUCCAAGAGAAUCCAUACUGGUUGGGGUGGUUCAACAUGCUACAACUGGACUGUGGUACACCGAAGAACGCCGGACUAAACGGCCUAGCAUGAUGGAACAUCUCGUAACGACGAAUGUUAGAGACAUAAACAAAGAUUUUACAACACUUUCUGUACUGUGUAUCUCUAUGGUGGGAGAUAUGCAGGCUUGUUUCUGUGUGCUUGAUUCCAACAAUCCAUAGGCCUUAUAGGGGAUCAAAAACCCAUCCGUGGACAACUGUAGCUCAUUUUGGUCUGUUCUAGACUUCACGCACAGACAUAGACUGUCAGAAUGCUCCAUAUGACCUCUACCACAGGAGGUUGGUGGCACCUUAAUUGGGGGAUAAGGGCUCAUGGUAAUGACUGGAGCGGAAUUAGUGGAAUGGUAUCAAAUACAUCAAACACUUGGUUUCCAUGUGUUUGAUACCAUUCCAUUUGCUCCGUUCCGGCCAUUACUACGAGCCGUCCUCCCCUCAACACUCUCUACACUCUAUUUCUCUCCAUGGGGAUUGGCAACAGAUGAAGUUCCAGUCUUUGUAUCAACAAACUCAUACAGAUUAUUUUCUCCUGGCUUCUGAAAUAUCAAUUUAUUGAUUGAUGUUACAACGAAGAAUGGGUCCAUUUCUAAAUGCAUUUACAAUGUUGUAGUGUUGUAAAUAUCUUUAAUUAUCUUCUGGAAUAACAAUUAGUGUAUGUUUGAAUUGACAUUUGAGUCAUUUAGCUGAUGGUCUUAUCCAGAGCGAGUAAAUAUACAGUAACAGUAGACUACCGAUGUUUGCAGGGUUGAGGAGGUUACUUUCUGUAUAUCAUCUGUUACUUGUCUAAAAUUGUCAUCAGUAAUUUAAUUUUGGGAUUACCCAAAUUUAGUAACGUAAAUCUGAUUACUUUCCCCUUAACUGGCAUUAGAAGACAACAACGAUCCAUAAAAUGCAUUUGGUGUGUCAUCAUACUGGUCUCUGACUUGUGGUCAGACUCGCUCAGGUCCAACAAAUGUAAACUUGCAUCUUUUUUUUCCAAUGCUGGAUUGAACGUAA